CCGUGGAGUUGCACAUCGUGUCUCUGUAGCUGGCCAACGAUUUCAACAUGAAUGUGGAGAAGCUGAAGCGUCUGCAGGCCCAGGUCCGGAUCGGCGGCAAGGGCACGCCCCGUCGGAAGAAGAAGGUCAUGCACCAGACGGCGGCCACCGACGAUAAGAAGCUGCAGAGCUCUCUCAAGAAGCUGUCGGUGAGCACCAUCCCGGGCAUCGAGGAGGUCAACAUAAUCAAGGACGACCUGACCGUGAUUCACUUCAACAACCCCAAGGCGCAGGCCUCUCUUUCGGCCAACACCUUCGCGGUCACAGGUCACGGCGAAACCCGGAAGGUGGUCGAAAUGCUGCCGGACAUCCUGCCCCAGCUGGGCCAGGAAACGGUCGUCCAGCUGCGGAUGUAUGCCAAUGCCAUGAACAAUCAGAAGGGGGCGCCAGGCAGCGGAGUAGGACCUCUUCCAGCGGAGGAGGAUGACGAUGUGCCCUUGCUCGUGGGCGAUUUUGAUGAGGUGGCCAAGGUGGAAGCGACCAAGCAGCCGGUACAGGAGCCCAAGGAAUCUGUGGAUAACAAGCCAAAGGAAAAGCAACAGCAGCAGUCCAAGAAGGACCAGAAGCAGACCCCGAAGGUUCCGGAGUCCCCCAAUCCCAGCGAGAUACCCAAAGAUAAACAGGAAAAUAAGAAGGGUCAGGCGAAGAACAGCAAGAAGAGUGAUCCACAGGGCAACAAGGACAAGCCAAAUAAAGGCAAGGACCAGGCCAAGGUUCAGCCUGCUCCCCAAACCAACAAGGAAAUGACACAAGCUGCAAGGAAUAAUCUUCCAACCCCCGCGGUAGAGCCGAAAAAGGAUCAAGUGCUUGCUGUUGACCAAAAGAUAGAAGCCAACGCUGCGAUUCAAAAGGCGGAGCAACCUAAACCCGCUCAGACCAAGCCCACUGACCCGAAAGUAGAAGCUAAAUCGGCGGAGAAGCAGGUGGAAAAAGCAAAACCCAUUGAUCAGUCCAAAACCAAAGAGACCAAGGUGGAACAACCGAAACCAACUCAGAAACAAGUAGAUGUGAACACCCAGCCCAAGCCCACUGCAGAUGGGAGUGAAGAUAAACCAGCGGUACCAACCCCAGAACCCCAGAAAUCCGGUUCAGCACAGACUUCGGGAAAGGCGCCUACCCCUCCUGCUGUCCAGACUCUCGCCCAGAUUGUGGCUUCAGAGCCCGCAAAGCAGGGAAGUCCUGCAGAGAAACUAGCCAACGAAGCGGCUGCCGCUCCUAAAGCUGAGGAGCAGAAAAAGGAUUCGACCUGUCCAGCUAAGGUGGAGCCAACUCCAUCUCCAUCUCCAUCUCCAUCUGCACAAGUCCCAGUCACCACUGCUGAGCCCCCCAAGAGCGCUCUUAAACAGGAUUCACCUCCAAAGGCCGCUCCCAAGCAGUGUUCUCCACCCAAGAAUGUUCAAAAGCAGGAAUCACCAGCACAGAGUGCUCCCAAACAGGAUUCAGCGCCUAAAAGUGCUCCCAAACAGGAUUCCCCACCAAAGGGUGUUCCCAAGCAGGAUUCAACCCCCAAAACUGCUCCCAAACAGGAAUCACCACCACAACAAAAGACUCCACCACCAGCUAAACAGGAUGCACCACCUGCAGAAGUGGCUAAAGUUCCAGCUCCAGAAGGUUUAAAAACGCCAGUACCAGAAGUCACCAACGUUUCUCAGGCACCUCCACAACCUCAAGGUCCGGCUGCACUCGCUUCUGAAAAGACAGCGGAUACGCCAAAGGCAAUUGAAGAUCCGAAGGCUGCAUCCAAGAAGCAAUCACCACCACCCACUAAGCCAGUGACGGCCCCAGUUCCGUUGGCACCUGCCACUCCAGCUGAGCCGCCAUCUCCUUUGGCUCCGUCCACUCCGCCAUCGACUCCCACAUCCGUGCCACCAUCUGCAGCGGCAGUGACCCCCCCAUCUCCCGCCACGGUGACUCCUCCAUCGCCUGCUGCAGUUACUCCGCCUCAGAAACAGGCGGCGGCUCCCCAAGCGAGCAUUAAGAAGCAGGAGGCAGCACCGAAGCCUAAACAGCAGCAGCCAGCCAACAAGCCACAGCAGGCGCAAAAGCAACCCCCAGGAGGAGCAGGUGGAUCAGCUGGACCAGGAGGGAACAAGGCCGUGCAGAAACAGCCGAACCCCAAUGCCAAUGCCAAGCCAGCAGUUGCUCCAAAGCCAGCCCCGUCUACUCCAAAACCAGCUGCUGCUUCUCCAAAGGCACCCCCCAAUCAGGCAAAUGCACAACAGCAGGGCAAAGCAGCAAGCAAAGCCUCUCCUCCAAAGCAAACUGGACCAACUGGAGGGCAGCAGAAGUCAGCGGCGAACGCCUCGAAGGCCACACCCUCCCCGAAAUCGGCCGCCUCCCCAAAAGCUACCUCCCCGAAGGCUGGAACUCCUUCCAAUCCGGCUCCCGCUUCUGGAGGUCCUAACUGAUCCUCCUUCAAUCACUUUUUUAAUCGGCUCCCUUGCAUUUCAAACUCACACGCAUUUUCAGACCCCAUUUUCGCUUUCGCUAGUCUCUUAUGAAUCCGGG